CUUCACUGAGCGAAGGCCGAGGAUUGGCCAAUCAGGAGGAGGGGGCCUCACCGCGACCAGCCCCCGUUGCCGGGAGACGCGAAGGCAAGCGGCCACUAGGGGUUAGGCCUUGAGGGCCCAGGAAAGCUGCGCGCAGCAGUUAACGUGAGCAAGCAAUGGCCAGUAAUCACAAACCUUCAGCAGCUCGGCCUGUUUCUCGAGGUGGGAUUGGAUUGACAGGAAGGCCUCCUUCUGGAAUACGGCCCCCAUCAGGAAAUAUUCGAGUGGCAACUGGAAUGCCACCUGGAACAGCAAGACUGGGCUCUCGUGGUGGUCCCAUAGGGACAGUAGGAGUUCUGUCCUCUCAAAUCAGAGUUGCUGAUCGUCCUGUGACACAACAAGGUUUGAGUGGAAUGAAAACUGGGAUGAAAGGUCCCCAGAGGCAAAUUUUAGACAAAUCUUAUUAUCUUGGGCUUCUUCGAAGUAAAAUAAGUGAACUUACAACAGAAAUCAAUAAACUUCAGAAAGAAAUAGAAAUGUACAAUCAAGAGAAUUCAGUAUAUUUGUCAUAUGAAAAGAGAGCUGAGACUUUAGCUGUUGAAAUCAAAGAGUUUCAAGGACAACUAGCAGACUACAACAUGUUGGUAGAUAAACUUAAUACCAAUACUGAAAUGGAAGAAGUAAUGAAUGAUUACAACAUGCUUAAAGCUCAAAAUGAUCGAGAAACACAAAGUAUGGAUAUUAUAUUUACUGAAAGACAAGCGAAGGAAAAACAAAUUAGAAGUGUAGAAGAAGAAACUGAACAGGAAAAACAAGCAGCAGAGGGCAUUAUCAAAAAUAUGCCUCCAGAAAAACAAGUCAAGUAUAUAGAAAUGAAAACCAUGAAUGAGAAAUUGUUGCAGGAAUUAGAUACACUUCAGCAACAACUAGAUUCACUGAACAUGAAAAAAGAGAGCUUGGAAUCUGAAAUAGCACACUCCCAGGUAAAACAGGAGGCUGUAUUGUUGCAUGAAAAACUUUAUGAGUUGGAGUCCCAUCGAGAUCAAAUGAUUGCGGAAGACAAAAGCACGGGAUCCCCAAUGGAAGAGAGAGAGAGAUUACUUAAGCAGGUUAAAGAAGAUAAUCAGGAAAUAGCCAGUAUGGAGCGACAGUUAACAGAUAUAAAAGAAAAAAUAAGUCAGCUUAAUGAAGAAAUUAGACAACUUGACAUGGAUUUAGAAGAACACCAAGGUGAAAUGAAUCAGAAGUACAAGGAGCUAAAAAAAAGGGAGGAAAAUAUGGACACCUUUAUUGAGACUUUUGAGGAAACUAAGAACCAGGAACUGGAAAGGAAGGCACAGAUAGAAGCCAACAUUGUUGCACUCUUGGAGCACUGUAGUCGAAAUAUAAAUCGUAUGAAACAGAUAUCCUCUAUCACCAAUCAAGAGCUGAAGAUGAUGCAGGAUGAUCUCAAUUUUAAAUCUACUGAAAUGCAGAAAUCACAAAGUACGGCUAGGAAUCUGACUUCAGAUAGUCAGCGUCUACAGUUGGAUCUACAAAAAAUGGAGCUACUGGAAAGUAAAAUGACUGAGGAACAACAGUCUCUAAAAAGCAAAAUUAAGCAAAUGAUAACUGAUUUGGAAACAUAUAAUGAUUUGCCAGCUUUAAAAUCAUCAGGUGAAGAAAAGAAAAAGAAAUUGCAUCAGGAGAGAACAGUAUUAUCAACCCGCAGAAAUGCCUUUAAAAAACUAAUUCAGAAACUAAACACAGAAUAUGAGACACUAAAAACACAAUUGCAAGAAAAUGAGACACAUUCUCAGCUUACAAAUUUGGAGAGGAAGUGGCAACACCAUGAGCAAAAUAAUUUUGUGAUGAAAGAAUUCAUAGCAACCAAGAGUCAAGAGAGUGAUUACCGGCCAAUUAUGAAGAAUGUGACCAAGCAGAUUGCAGAGUAUAAUAAAACCAUCAUGGAUGCUCUACAUAGCAUGAGCAGAAACUGAGUCUGAACCAACUACAAGUCUCUAUAGAAAUAUCCUUUUGCUGCUAAACUUCAUACAUGCCGGCUGAAAAAUAAUAGCUUACCCUUGAAGAGUUUUACCUAAAAUUUUUGAAUGUUACAAUUUUUGUGGCCUCUUUGAAGUGUGAAAUUUUAAAUAGUAUAAUAGUUAAAUAAAUAGUUUACUUAUAAAAAAA